CCUGACACUUGACGAGACCUGACCACAAACACAAACGCGCGCACUGUUCCUCUCUCUGCAGCGCUUCCCUCAUCCUUGCUCCAUCUUCCCAUUGACUGCCCAGAGGAAAAGCUUAGCUUCCAUCACGCGCAGUGCAGGCAGUGCAGGCAGUGCAGUGCAGGCAUGGUCAAUACACUCGAUGACCCACUCACACCUUCCCUCGAUGCGCUGACUCCAGAUGCCCAGCUACAGCUCCUCAAGCGUCUCAAGCACGAGAUCAUUGGGCAUCUGGAGCGCAAACAGCAAGUUCUCGCAUCAGGCAUCCUCCCACCUCUCGUUGCCGUCUUGCGCACACGACAUCCAGCCGAUGCAUCUGUCCAAGCACAGGCGCGCGUGCAAGCGGCUAUUGUCCUUGCAUCCCUCUGUCAAGCGCCAGGACUCGUCGCACAAAGUACUCCAGUGCAGGACUCACCUUUACAACCAGGUCAAUUGGAUCAGUCAACAUUGACAGCAUUGAUGGGUGCGCUUCUUGAAGCGACCGUGGAAGUACCAGGGGAGCCGAGCUUGGCGAUACCGUGCUUGCGUGCACUUGGACAGCUGUGUGCGGCAGGCGCACCGACAGAGCAGAUCUGGUCACCUAUGAUCCUAGAUGCCUUUCACAGACUGCUGCUCGCCCAUGAGCAUGCCAUCAAACCGACCACCUUGCAGCAAGCGAUGCUCAUUUCAAAUCUACUUGCUACGCAUCGACGCAAUGUACCUCUAGACCAGAGAUGGCGUCGUUUAUUGCUAGACGCACUGAUUGCAUGGAUCUUUAACAUGAUACGAGAUGGCGGGCUAUCUAUUGAAACUGCAUCGCUUCCUUGUAAGUGUCUCGAACAGCUACUUCGCGCUGCAGCAGCCUUGUGCGAAAAUAACGUAGACGCCUGCAUUCAAUUCGCAGGAUCUGGAGGCCACAAUCAAAAGUUGGAAGAUGGAGAUCGGCCGAUGCUAACACUCCUUCUGACCCUCGUCAAGAGCGAAUCGGAUGGCUUGCGGCUAUAUGCGAGCAGUUGUCUUGCACAGAUACUCCAGCAAGGUGCACUCCCGAGAAAACUUUACCCAGCCAUGCAACGCGUGGUCGUACCCAUUCUUGUGCGAUUGCUCGAUGUCACGAGCAUGGCGGAUAAAGCACCAUUCGUCUUAGCGCAACUUGUCAAUGAUUCUGCCGAUUUACAGCAGGCUGCCGUUGAAGCCGGUGCGCUGACUGCUCUUGUGGGCAUGUUCAAAACUACUCCAACAGAUGCAGCGAGAUUAGAGGGUAAUUUGCUUGCUCUUGCAGCAUUGACGCUCUCAAAAGAUGAGUAUAGGCGACAAGCGCUCGAUGCGCAUAUCGUUGCAACACUGCUACAAGCGAUGCAACACAAAGUCCCUGCUGUUCGCGCAGCUGCCUGUCAAUGCACACGCUCCAUCUCGCGAUCCAUGGCCAUCUUGCGUACUAAUCUGCUGGACGCCUCUCUUGCCUCGGUGGUGUUCAGUCUUUUGGAUGACACAGACUUGCAGGUCAGAACAACAGCUACAGCGGCAGUCUGCAACCUGGUCCUUGAGUUUAGCCAUAUGCGGACAUUCUUUCUAUCAGCUGGCAUACUCGACAAGCUCGUUCCAUUCUGUACAGCACAAGAAGCUGAACUCAGGCUCAAUGCAGUCUGGGCGCUCAAACAUCUCGUGUAUGCCGCAGAUGCUGAGAUCAAAGUUGCAACCCUCACAGCACUCUCACCCCAACGACUCUGCAGUCUCUGUGAUGACUCAGAGCCUGCAGUCUCUGAACAAGCUAUGGAGUUGUUGCGGAACUUAAUUUGUGGCAAGCCCGAGAUGAUUGAUGGUCUUCUGCAACUCUUCCCGGCACCUCUCCUCAUGACGCUCAUCAACAAAAACUUACAACCUCAGGUACCUAGUCAAGUGGCCGCCUCGGCGCUGUACACACUCGUUCAUCUCGCUGCUGGAAGUGUUUCGCACAAGGACCUUGUUCUAUCUGACUUAGCAUGUCUCAAGCUCGUGGUUCGCCACCUGAACCAUACGGAUGAACGAUGCCGUGUACCGGCCGUCUGGAUUUUCAUCAACUUGACAUGGUCGGAGGACCACGACUUUUCCGAAGCCCGUACAAGACGCAUCAAUCAGCUUGUUGAGUUGGAUGUUCUCACUGCCUUGCGCUCACUCGAGGAAGAUCCCAGCCAGGAUGUCAGGGAACGCGUCAAAACGGCACUCUUGCAAUUGCAGUCAUAGCCCAGCACUUGUAGCAUACUUAUUUUUAUGAAGCAGGCACCACCAUCUCCUUACGAAUCAAGGCGACUUCAUCUGCAUUCACUUUGGAGAGUCCAAGCUCCUUGACAAUUUCCUCUGCAUCUUCACCCAUC